GGCUCAACUUACCCUUUAGCUCAACUUACCCCACUCCUCUACUAUUUUAAUACAGUCGAUGACAGACAUGCAGUUUAAUUUGUUUCUCUUUUUCUUUGAUUAUGCAUUCAUACUUUCUAUUGUAAAUGUAAAGUCGGGAUGCAAGGAGAACGUUACAAAUAAAGACUACAUUUUGAAUAUAGGGAAGUUUUGGCCAUUCAUUUGAUAAUGACAAAUCUUCCAGAGUCUGAGUCUGCUGGCACAACCCAUCAGCUGUUAGCCUUUGGCUACGUCAAUGCUAAGGAAGUGGCAUUUUCGUGGACCAAACGUGGAGCUGGUAGCCAUGGCACUAAUAAAUCCAGCCAUGCUUACGUGAAACAAAACCCUUUUAGGGAGCUAUGCGUCGGCUCUACUAGAAGGUAAGAAGGAAUUAAUGAGUAAACGGCUUAUAACGCCAGGAAUAGGUAAGCAAUGUUUGGUAGCCUCGGUCACUCACUUAGGUUAGCAUGCUAACGUGAACCUUUUCAUCUGAGGGGUUGUAUGAGACUUCUUUCACUAGAAAUCUGUACUUUAUUUUAAAUAAACAACAGUCGCUAAAAUCUAUAUCAUAUCUUGGAGCAGUUGAGUUUUCUACCUGCUUGUAGGUAAUAAGCACCUGUUGUGUGUCUCUUAAGUUGCUCGGUGAGACAUGGAUUUCCUCACUCUGUUCGCCAUCUAUGUCGUGGUGGUGCUGACAUGUAUACUCCUGGUCUGCAAAUACUCAGGACAACAGCAAACCCCCUUUAAUACCCUCUUCAACACUAUCGUAAAGGUAAGUUUUGCUUGGUGGUUGCACUGCCUUAUUACAACACUAUGUGGCGCUGUAGGAUUUAUGAUCUCGAUGCAAAUACAUGUCCUCUUCAAUAACACAUGUUCACCUGUUUGUGCACAGGUAGUUUCCCCAUUUACGCCAACAUGGCUCCAGAAGUUAACACGGUGGAGCCUGCACAGACUUUUCCAUCAAAGGUGUGUGCUAUAAGUGUUACAGACAAGGGAAUAAACUUUUUGUCUAAUAUUGUUUCAUGUUUUUACCUUUGAUUUUGGUGUGAGUCGUUUUUAGUAUAGUAUUUUUAGUUUUUAGUAUAUUUCUGUAAUUUUCAUUUGCUGUUUUUGCAGGAACAACUUUUUCAUCUAUUUGCAUAUCCUGCUGGAGGGCGCCGUGUAUGCAGAGUUCACCUAUGAGGUGUUUGGCUUCUGCAGGGAGAUGGACACCACUCUGACCAGUCUGUCUGUGCCUUACAUCCUGCUUGCCUUCAAGACCUUCUUCUUCUACCUCUGUAUCAAGAGAGAUCCAGGUUAAUUACACACUGAUAGUGAACCAGCUUGUCUUUUGAGUUGUUUCACAGAAAUUGCAGUAUCAACCUUUUCUUUUCUAUUUUGGCAGGCACAGUAACAAAAAAGAAACUCCCCGGCCAGCUGAACAUCUAUCCGUAUGACAAGAGGAUUUAUCAUCCAGGUGUCUUGUGUCCAACCUGCCAGCUUGUCAAACCAGCUCGCUCCAAACACUGCAGUGAGUAAUUACACCCUAUAAAACAUUCAACCCAUAUCAACCUGUGUGAAAUAAACUAAUCUCUUCAUGAUCAUCCACAAAAGAGUGUGUUAUUUUUAAUACAGAACUGUGAGAGAAAGAUAACAGCAUUCUACUUCAUAGUCAUUGUUAAUUUAUACUCUCUGUUUCAGGACUAUGUGACAGAUGUGUGCAGCGUUUUGACCACCACUGUGUCUGGGUGAACAACUGCAUCGGUGCUCAGAACACACGCUACUUCUUGAUUUAUCUCUUCAGUGUGUGCGCCAUGGCGGGCGACAUCGCUCUGCUUACAGCGGACAUGCUGCUACAUGCCGUGCUGCGGUCAGGGCUUCUGGCGGCCAGUUACAUCGAUGAGUACGGCCAGCAGCAGCCAGCAGGAUUUUUGUUUGUCAUACAGGUCAGACUCAGAGCUGCUGACAUACUUGAAUUUAAAUGCAUCGAAUACAGCCAUGUUGAUUCCAGUUUAACACAUCAUUGUUAUUACUAAAAUAGUUUUCUUUUUUUGUUCUAGCAUUUGUUCCUGACCUUCCCUCGAAUCGUCUUCAUGCUGGGGUUUUUGGUCUUUGUCUUCUUCCUCCUGGCCGGUUAUGCUCUGUUCCACUCUUACCUCGCUCUUGUAAACCAGACGGCAAAUGAGUGGUACAAAAGUCGAGGGUUUGUUUGCCAGCACUGCCAUCCAUCUACAACAGCAGAUGUUCUUUGUAACCCAGCCCCGGACCACUCUAAAAGAUACUACUACAGCAGAGGGGUACUUCGAAACCUGGGAGAGAUUUUAUUCCCGCUAAAACCUGUUCAGAAAAAAGACAAUUAGGGAAAAACUACUGCCUUCUGUGUUAUAAUGCUGCAUUUAGAGUUGCACUGUACCAUCCAAGGGUCAUUCAAACUGCUGCGGACUGAAGAAAUAAAGUUUAAGUUUACAUUUCUUAAA